UCCCAUUAAAAAAGUACAUUUGCAAAAGAAAUACUCCGUAUCUUCUCAAAGAGCUCGUAGAACUCCACAAGCCAUGGCGUCCUACAUCUCCCCAUCUACUACAAAUCCUCUUCAAAGCACAACCUACAAGUCCCAACUCAAACCACGGUUUCCGAUUUCAAUCACCUUUAUCUCUUCUUCUCAUCACAGGGCGCUAAGGAUGGAUUUCAAUGCGGCUGCAAAGCAGCAGACCGGUCCAGUGAAGAAGCGAACGAAUUUAAAAACAAAAAAAAAGAGAAGCCCGAGUAGCAGUUCUAUUGUGGACGCUGACGAAAUUUAUGAAGAUUUUGAACUCGAACCGAACAAUGGAGCACCGCCGCCUUCCGAAGGUUACCACCCGUUGCCGCUGCCUAAGCCUCCCGCCGGCUUCGUCCUAGAUGAGGAAGGCCGGGUUCUUAUGGUUUCAGAAAAGCGUCUUGUUACGAUUGUGGAUCCAACCAAUAAUUCACCUUUAGAGUGUGUUAUUAGGAGGGUAUGCAGAACUACACAGGGGGUUGAGUGCAUGCUGCUCUGCCCUGUUGAUAUGCCCAUUAUGAUCUUGAAGAGCACAAAUGUCGUGGGGUGGACAGCUGUCAGUGAUGAUGAAGUUGAAACUAUCCUCCCUAUGGCAGCCUAUGCUCUUGCCAAGAUUCACAUUCAUCUUGUACAUAGUGGGUUUUGCUAUACUGCACGUGGAGGAUUUUGCUAUACAGAGGGUGACAUCUUUGAUCUUUGCAUGGAUGAAGGCCAGAGAGUUGACGGUGUGCCAACCGAAGGAGUAGAAAUCACAUGCUUCAAUCUUGACGGUUCUCACUACAUGAUUUUCACACCUUCAGAUCCACUUCUUUUUGCUGCCGUAAAGGAUAAAGAUGGUAUACUUCAAAUUGCAGAUGAUGAACUGUUGGAAGACCCAGCAAUUGUACGUACAAUUGAUGAGGAGACAGAAUUCAAUGCUUUAGUGGAAGAGGAGAUUGCCCUUUUCGAGUCGCUCUUGGGUGAAAGAUAACGCCCAGUAUCGUGAUAUGGUGAGUACCUAGAAACCUUGUAGUGAAUUACAAGAAUUGUGGAUGAAUGUCUUGAUUGGGCAGAAUUAUCUACAAAAAUAUCUAAUUUGUAUUUAUUUUAAUAUAUUCAAAAUGACAGGUUUGUCAUACUUUUCUAUUAUAUUGCUCCGUAGUUUUUUGUUUGAUCAUUUCAUAUGAAUAAUUAGUACCACUUAGUUAAAUUUAUUAUAAAUACAGAAAUCUAAUUUUGGAUGUUUCCUUAAUAGAAAAGAAAACCAGUACACAUUGUUACCUUACUACAAAUUAGUUAGAGUACUGGUACUUCGCAUCCUACACAGGCACCAACCAUCCCUGUAUACAAGAUUACAACAACUACUACAUGGGUGCCCUUCUUGAGGAUAGACCAAAGAUGGCGAUGUAUAUGGCGGCAACUAGUCUGUGUUGCCGUUGGGUUUAUUGUUGAUGGUCGUUGCACCUGGCCACCUGCCCUUUGCCGCCGGGGAAAAAUACAAAUAUACCCAUGUAGACUGUAGUAUGGGUGGAGAGCAAAUAAACUCCUGUUCUAUUUUUCAGAACAAAUAUACCCUGAAAUAUAUGUUGAAGUGAUAUAUACUUCUGAACUUUGAAAAAGUGCAAAAAUACCCCUCAUAUUCUUAUAAAGGAACAAAUUUAUCUUUAUUGACUUUAAAUUGAUAAAAUAAAUUUAAAAAAACACCCAAAAUAAAUUAUAAAUUCCAAAUUAAAAAAAAAAUAUUUAUUAUUAUGUCAAAAUAUGAACUCCUUAAUUUAAAUUACAAAAUUAUUAUUUUUUGUUGUAAAUUAAUCACUUCAAAUUCAUAAUUUAAAAGGAGGGAGAAAAUGAAUAUACCGUUAUUUUACGCUGAAUUGUGCACCAUACACUGGAUCAGACAAAUCAAAUUUGUGAAACACAAAAUCUCGUUUUGUUAGUUUGGAGCUUUCUUGCGUGGAUUUUUUGAAUAACAGAUCUCGCCAAUCCAAAAGGUGAUAUUGACAGAAUGGUGGAGGAGUAAAUCCUAGUAUGUUUUCAAAUUGUUUCUAAGAGAGGCGGUUCGGGACUUGUUGAUGCUCACAAGUCACAAGGAGCCAUCAUAUCGGAUGAAACUCCCACACUGUUGCUAUUGGGAAAUGGGAAUUGCACCGAGACCUCAAUCCAAUUGUCUCACUCAGCCAUCGUUGAGCUACCCCUUAUAUAAAGUACAUGAUAUUAAAUAAUUUUUUUACGAAUCUUCAUACAUAAUAUAUUGCAUAGGAAGAGGGUAAACGAAAUUGCUUCGACCGACACAUCAAUGGUCAUUCUGUAGCAACUAUUCACACUGUGAAGAUGUUUUUAGUUGGAUUGAAUAUUGUGAUCUAAUCUGGUCUAGGGUAUUUAAGUUUGAUAUAUGAUAUGAUCAUGUAGAUGUAUGGUUUAUAUUUAUUUUAUAAUUGUCGUAUUCUGAUCUAACAUAGUAUCAUCUGAUUUGAUUUGUUUAAAUUUGAUCUGGUUUGAUUUGGAGCACGCGUCCAAUGGAAAAUAUGACAUUGAGGGGUUUUUAAAGAAAGGGGGAAUUUGACUUUGCACCUCACUUUUUGGGUGAUAUUGGACUUUGUACUCCAUUUUCAAAAAACUUUGACUUUGCACUCUAACACAUACCAUUUUGUGAAAAAAAUUUCUAAAUGGGGUGCAAAGUUAAAGGAAUUUUAAGUUAAAUGGGGUGCAAAAUCAAUGUUUUUUCAAAAUGGGGUGUAAAAUCCAAUAUCAUCCAAAAAGUGGGAUGCAAAGUCAAAUUCCCUCUUAAAGAAAUCACGAGGUAUCAAAUUAAGCGAUCUCACCGAUCCACAAUGAAAAUGAUGACUAUUACACGCACCAAAGUACAAGCCUUACAAAUGACCUUCGAGAAUAACCUAAUUAGAAGAAUCCAAAUUCAAACGCCACCAGAUCCACACAUUCAACAUUAAAAAAUGAUCAAAUUUUCGAUCGAAAUCAAAAGAUUCUCCAAAAAGGCCAAUACUAACAAUUAAAACAUGCUUAAAAUCAGGACUAAAAGCUACAUUAUUCACAAAGAGGACUAACCAUUAAUUUAUUACCCUUAAUACCCCUAAGAGUAUUAAUUCAUAAUAAAAUGUUUUAAUACAUAAUAAAAUCAUAAAAAAUAAAAAAAAUUGUUAGAAAAUAAUAAAAAAUAAUAAAUAAAAUAUUUAUAAAAUAUAAAUUUAUUUUUUUUUAAAUAAAAAAUUCAAAAAAUGAUACAGACUCUAUUUAAAAAAAUAUGGAUGCCUUUCGCAUCGCCUCUAUCGCCUCCCAG